AUAAUAAUAAAAUGACGUUUCCUGAAUGAUAAUGAAAUUAAUCCACGCGCAGCCAACGUCUCCCACAAGAAGGAGCCAUAUGUGGGAGGGAGUGUGUCUGAUUUCACUUAAUUGUGAUGCUGUGUGUUGGUCAUUACAUCAGGUUGGAUGGACACCCUCCGUCACACACUCACCCCCCUCCCGCUCCCUUCCCGGCUGCUGAUUGGCCGCGCGGAGGCAGCCGGGACAGAGACUGCGUUGUCCUGGUGACCCGGCCUCUGCGCUCCCCAUCCCUCUAUAAAGGCGCGCGGCCGCUCCGGGCGUGCCAAAUGGACUGUCACAUGCGAUUUGGAGUAACAAGUGGAUUUGACUCAUAGGUUUUCUCAUCUGUGCGCUUCGGGAGCCUGCAUCCACAUCAUUGAAAGAUGGACUCGGAUACAAGUCGCGUCUCGAGCAGACCGUCCUCCCCAGAGGUGGAUGACAUCUUCAUCUCCACCCUGAAGAAGUCCGUGCACGGCUUUUCUGGCGCGGUGUCCUCCACACAGAGCGACUCUCCGUUGGAGAUGGCCGGCCUGCGCGGCCUCUCCAGCGCGGACGAGGAGACCCUGGCCCUUCGGAUGGCGGCCAAAAAGGACCGAAAACUCCUGUCGGAGAGCGAGCUCCAGUCCAUCCGCCUCAAGAUCAACAGCCGCGAGAGGAAACGGAUGCACGACCUGAACGUGGCCAUGGACGGGCUGCGCGAGGUGAUGCCAUACGCGCACGGACCGUCCGUGCGUAAACUCUCCAAAAUCGCCACUCUGCUGCUGGCGAGAAACUACAUCCUGAUGCUGAGCAACUCGCUGGAGGAGAUGAAGCGGCUGGUGAGCGAGAUCUACGGCAGCAGCGGGCACCACGGGGGCUUCCACCCGUCCGCGUGCGGGACAAUGACGCACGCGGGGCCGGUGCCGGCGCACCCGGCCGCUUCCCACGCCCCCCACCCGGCCGUGCACCACCCGCUCCUCCCGCCGGUCUCCACCUCGUCCCUGUCCGCCCCCGCCAUCUCCGCCGUCACGUCAGUCAGACCCCACCACGGACUCCUCAAAGCGCCCGCCGCCGCUGCGGGGCCUCUGGGCAGCAGCUUCCAGCACUGGGGGGUCGGCACGGGGAUGCCCUGUCCGUGCAGCAUGUGCCAAGUGCCCCCUCCGCAUGUACCCAGCAUGAGCACCAUGCCGAGGCUGACCAGCGACUCCAAAUGACUGAACACUUUCAUGGAACUUUGAGCUAUCCCAGCAAAUACUUUUAUUUAUCUGUUUUUUCCACCUCUGAAUCUAUUAGAACAAGUGAAAACAACUCAUCUCACAGGGACUCUCAAAUUAGAAAAAUCAGUUUUAUGAUCAUUAACUUCCAUUGUAACGGAUUUUUUUUUUUUUUACAGAUCUCACAAAAAAAAAAAAAACUUUUUCCAUUUUAAUAGCUCCCCAAUCUGCUCCUUAGGCCUGUUUUUCUGGAAAUGGUCCCAACUUUUUGUGGACAAAAAGGUUCUCAAAAUAUGUGUAAAUAUGUAGAUUGGUCAUUCUGUUUAAAUAGAUGUUAUAUAUUAUAGAGUCUUGUUAAGGUGUGAAAGGACCCCUGCAUUUCUUACAUGUUGCACGCUUUAGUCACUCCGCUUUUAUUUUUUUUAAUGAUUGCUUUUCUCAUACAAACAACAAAUCACUUUUAUUUUUUUGAAUCAAAAAUCAAAUUGAAGAUGAUAUUUAUUUAAUUUUUUUCGAAGCGAGAAAGUCCAGAUGAGUUUGUGGUUAUGUUUGGGGUUUGAAAUGUAAAAUAAAGAUUAUUAAUUGACAUGAAGAAGCAAACUUUGUGUUUUUUAUGUGUGUUUCUGAGGAACAUUUAUUCUGAAAAUCAUGAAAGUGGGAAUUUCAAUGUUGACACAUAGAUCCACAACCUCACACAAAUUUUCAGCUAUUUAAUUCCUUUUUUAAGGUAAUUUAUCAGUUUUUUCACUCAAAAUUGUCCCAAUUUUGGUUAAUCUAAAGCUCAAUCAGACACAUUUUUAACAAAACUUAAAAACAAUAUGGUUUUCAUAUAUGACAAACCUUUCAUUCAUUGUUUUAGCUUCCAUCAGCACUUUCCCUUCUAAAUUUUCCAUUCAUUUAACUUCAACUGUAUUUUUUUAAAGAUACUAACACACAGAGACGGCGCGGGCUGAUGAAGGCCGCUACACGCAGGAGAAAGAAGCAGCUGCAGAGCAGAUUGUUCAUGCUGUCGCAAUAUUUUCCCAAAGCCUUUUGAAGCUGAAACGAUAUGAACUAAAUCUCUGAAUAUUCAUGCGUGCUUUUGUUUAUACAUCUCAUUACUGGACCUGAAUUAUUCAGAGUCUUUUGGUGUUUUGUAGGACAUCUCCGAGAGGAGGAGGUCAUUGACUGAAAACUUUUUAGAGCAGUAAAUCUGAAUGAAAACGGCCUUUCUGUGUGAGGUUUUUUGACAACACUGACUUUGUGGCAUAAAUGUAGAAUAAUGUGAUUAUGUUUUUGAAACUGCGGUAAAAAUGGUCACCAAAUAGACAAAUAGGAAGUUCACCUACAGGAAAUCAAAAACUCCAUCAGUUUUAUAUAUAAGGAGAAUUUGAACCAAUUUUUUUUUUUAUUGGUUAAAUUUGUGUAAACUUGUAGGUGUUUUAGACUGAAAAAAUCAUUUAUGACCAAAUUAAAAAGUAUGAUCAAAGAGUAACUUUAAUGCAUUUUUUAUGUCACUUUCAUUCUAAUUAAGCCACAGAUGAAUUAAGUAGAUUCAAAUUGUCCACAACCCUUAUUAAAGCCUUGUAAGAACCACCAA